AUGACGUCGUCUCCCAAAGCCAAAGACACAGAAAAUGCAGUCACCAAUACCUUCAAGAAGAGGCGACCACGGGCCUCCAAGGCCUGCUUAGAGUGUCGUCGGCGGAAGGUCAGAUGCGACGUCCUGGCGCAUGGUAGUCCGUGCUCCAAUUGCGCGCUUGAUGAGGAGAUGUGUAUCAUCGCUGCCAGAGCUUCGAAAAGGUAUUACCAUGGCUCGAGUCUAGUUCCACCUGGAAGCAGUGCAACUUGGCUAAAACGAAAGUUCUACAGAACCACCAACAAGAAACCUCGCCUUCAGAUGAAUCCUAGCCAAUUGUCCGAAUCUCAGGGCUCAAGGCCCUCACACGAACCGGAAAAGCAUGAAGCCAGCGCGGCUACUGAUACGGUGACGGUCACACGCAUCGACGCGGACACCCAUAUACUGACCGGCAGCGCAAAUGAUCUUGAAGACACCUCCGUGCUAAGCUUACCAGGCAUUAACGAAGGCUUUACCGCACUCCGAGAAUCCAAAGUGUCCACCGGCGGAGCUUCAAGCUCUUCAUCAGCCCCUAGAGCCGAGCCAGGUCAGAUUACACGGUCGUUAUGCUCCGUCUUUCAACAGAGGGAGCAUAUGUUUACAACCACUGUACCAAUCUCCGCCUACCGCUUUCUUGGGGUCGGCAAUUUGCAUAAGCUUCCGCCAGAAGAUAUCAAUUAUUUGGAGCUCAAGCACUGCCUCCGAGUACCAUGUCGAGUUUUUCUGGACGAGUUUGUGCAGCAAUAUUUCCGAUACGUGCAUCCUUUCCUGCCAUUAAUCAAUGAAGCGUCAUUCCAUAAGAUCUACGAUGGCAGCGACGAGCAAGACCAGGCCAACACUGCAGGUACCUUCUCUGUGCUCGUGUUACAGGCGAUGCUCUUCACUGCCUGUAGUUUCAUGUCGCCUAAGACACUCAGGCGACUGGGCUUCAGUUCCGUCAAGGCGGCCCGACGCACCAUGUUUGAGCGCGCCAGACUACUCUACACCUUCGAAGUCGAAACAUCAAGACUACAUGUCGCCCAGGCUAGUCUUUUGCUUUCAUAUUGGACCCCGGCCUCGGAAGACGUAUCCAGCAGACCAAAUGCAGCUUGGUUGAGAAUCGCUAUUGAAAAGGCGAAGCAGCUCAGGGCUCAUCAAGCAGUCUUCGAGCCAUCUAACCUGGUGGAACCAGCCGACAAACACUUCAACAAUUCGCUGAAACGACUAUGGGCCUGCUGUAUUGUCCGCGACGGUACAAUGGCCAUUUCAUCGAGAAGGCGUUGUCAACUGACGCCAGGUGAGUUGGAGCAAUCAACUGCAUUUUCUUUGAGGUUUGAGGACUUGCAGGAUGAGAUCCGUCGGUCCAAAGUAUACGUCCCCCAGGUCAAAAUGCGCCUACUUGAGAUCUUUUUAGACCUGGGUGAGUUGUGUGUUCAGAUCGCUCAAAUGUCGACGCUACUAUUUCCCUACGACACAAAUCAGUCUGUGGUCAACAGAAUGAGCAACCCCGUGAAAGAGACUGCUAGUCUCAUCUCGUGUCAGACAGAUUUGGAGCGCUGGCAUGCGAGGACGGCUGGCAACCACAACAAUCAUUGGCAUGAUGGCCGGCCUUGCGCCGAUCAGCCGAUGGACGACCAUCCUUCCUUGGGACUCUUCCAAAAUCUACAGCGGAUUUAUUACUACUCGGCAAAGAUCGCGGUGGCAAAUAGACAGAUACUUUUGCACUACGAAGCGAGUACAGCUCAUACGCGUGAUUUGGUAACCCUCCGUGCGUUGCUCUACACCCUCAGCACAGCGAAGAACGGCCGAGAGAAUCCAUGCACCUUGCCAAGCUCUGAGGAGAACAUCUUCUUAGAGGCCAUGAAAAUCUAUCAAAACCUCUACGAAGGAGUUGAAGGACUCACAGAAGUCAUCAGCUCCAUCGUGAACCAGAAACAGUUUAUCCGCGAACCGGACUUGGGACUUUCCCUUUCAUCCCGGCGUAUGAAGACCCAAAUUAGGGAAAACCAACUACCUAUCGAGGACUACGCCAAACUGGCCUUGACGAUAGACCUCACUCUCUCGACAGGAUACACGACCUGUGAAGGAGAGCUUUCCAAAACGAUUCGGUGGGUCAUGAAGCACACAGUCGGAAGGUCCCCAACCACAGCAUCGUUUGAGCAAAGCCCACUUGAGAGCGCCAUGUUGAAGUUGCUGGAAACGUCGAAUGGUCAUCAUCUUGAUCAACUGGGUGAGGUGAACGAGGCACCUUCUUCAAACUAUCAACAAAGCACUUCAUCAUCCGAUUUGGAUCCGUCUUCAACCUGCAGUCUGGAUGAUUCUGUGAUCUUGCAAAACAAUGUCAUAGCCGGGGUUGAGGGGUUCCAUGACAACGAUUUGGAGGUACUUGACGCUGCCUUUUCCGACUUACAAAACUUGGAAUGUAGCGAGUUCAUCGAUCCAAAUGACACUAUAUUCAAUUACCAUAGCUUAGGGUUUAACUAA